CACCUCCUCGUGCACGCGCCUUCCGCGCCCCCUACGUUCAGCAGUCUCCAAAAUGAACAUCAACAUGAACGCGUUCAGCGCCACAGGUCCGUUCUGUCACUUCAAUUAAACAAACAGCAGCGGAUAAAACUUAUCAAGAAUAAAGUCUAAUCUUUCGCUCACACCUGAGAAAGAGAGAGGUUGGUUGGAGUGUGUGGAAUGGCAGGAGGAAGAAGAGGAGCGAGCCGGACAACAUACUGUCGUUCUCCGCUGAGCAACGAGGCUGGAUCCGCAAACAAUGGCAACCACUCCACCAGCUCCCCUGUGACAGGCGUAAGGUCACGGACGAGGAACAGUUCAGGAACGGGGAUCAGCAGCCCUCCUCUCGCUACACAGACGGUUGUCCCACUGAAACACUGCAAGAUCCCCGAGCUCUCUGUGGAUCGCAAUGUGAUGUUUGAGCUGCACCUUCUCUUCUGCCACCUCAUUGCUUUAUUUGUGCACUAUGUUAAUAUCUACAAGACGGUGUGGUGGUACCCACCCUCACACCCACCCUCACACACAUCACUGAACUUCCACCUGAUUGACUAUAACAUGCUGGUGUUCACCAUCAUCGUGUUGUCACGCCGGCUCAUCGCUGCCAUUGUUAAAGAGGCAUCCCAGAGCGGGAAAUUUUCUCACUCCGUCUUUCUGGUGACUGCUCGCUUUGUCGUCUUGACACUCACAGGCUGGAGUCUGUGUCGUUCACUCAUCCACCUCUUUAGGACGUACUCUGUGCUCAGCCUCCUGUUCCUCUGCUACCCUUUUGGGAUGUAUAUCCCUAUUCUCAGACCGAACACUGAUGUGCGUCUUCCCCCCAUCACCUCUGUUGGCUCCAGAGAUACAGGGCUGGGAAUGGGUGUGUCCGUGGGGCGGGACUACCUCUCCGUCCUGAAAGAGACAUGGAAGCAGCACACAAGCCAGCUGUAUGGCAUCCAGCCCAUGCCAACACACGCCUGCUGCCUCUCACCUGACCUCAUUCGCAAAGAGGUCGAGUUCCUCAAGAUGGACUUCAACAAGAGGAUGAAGGAGGUGCUGGUCAGCUCCAUGCUCAGUGCCUACUAUGUGGCCUUCGUGCCCGUCUGGUUCGUCAAGAGCACUCAGUACGUGGAUAAGCGCUGGUCAUGCGAGCUCUUCCUCCUCGUGUUCGUGAGCACGUCAGUGAUCCUGAUGCGCCAUCUGCUGCCCCCACGCUACUGCGACCUGCUGCACAAAGCCGCUGCCCACCUGGGCUGCUGGCACAAAGUGGACCCCUCGCUUUGCUCCAAUGUCCUGCAGCACACGUGGACAGAAGAGUUUAUGUGGCCACAGGGGGUGUUGGUGAAACUCAAUAAAAACGUGUAUAAGGCAAUGGGCCAUUAUAACGUAGCAGUGCCUUCAGACGUUUCACAUUAUCGAUUUUAUUUUUUCUUCAACAGGCCACUUAGAAUAUUAAACAUCCUCAUUAUCCUGGAAGGAGCGAUGAUCUUCUAUCAGCUUUACUCUCUGAUGUGUUCAGAGAAAUGGUACCAGACAAUAUCGUUAGCUUUGAUCCUCUUUAGUAACUACUAUGCCUUCUUCAAGCUGCUCAGAGACAGAAUCGUGUUGGGAAAAGCCUACUCAUACUCCAGUUCAUCAGACCACAAAGUCAGCUAGACGCUCGCCAUCACAUCGGCGUCUAAGAACAGAAAGAAAGAAAAAAGCAUGUACCGGAGCUUUUUUAUUAUUUUUUUUUUCUAUAAAUUUGUUUUUGGUCACUGUUUAUGUUUCGACCUGCCAUGGAAAUAAAAUAGAAAAUAUUUUUGUAUUCCUUCA